AUGCCGCCUUUUACGACCCCGAGGGCCGACGCGCGUCGCCAUCAGCAGCUACAGCAGCGGCAGCGGAGUCGCGCGCCGUGGCUCGCCGGCUGGAAUCGCCAGUGCCUCGCUGCGAUCAAUCUAGACGUCGCCUGGGCGCGCUUCGUCAAGGCAGUCGGCCGGCGGUUAGAGCCCCCAAACCGGCCGGCUAAGUUCGGUUACUAUGCCGGCUGUUACGGCUGCCUAGCCGGCGUGGCGCUAGUCUGCGCGCUUCUCGUCGUCCUCCCGCUCAUUCUCCAGCGCCGCGCGUUUCUCUCCCCUUCCGCCUUGCGCGCCGCGUCAUCCAUCGACCGCGAGGCGCUGGCGCUGGCGGUGGAGCGGCGCGGGCCGUACAUCGACUCCGCUGACAUCAGCGCCGCAUCCGCGUGGCCCUCCGCGCUCGACGACCUGCCGCCUCCCCGCGAUGCUUCCGCGCGCGAGUCAGUCGCGCGCGGCGAGGGGGGUGCGGGUGGCGAGGUGGUGACAGGGGGGAAAGGGGAGGGUGAAACGCGGGAGGAGGAGGGGGGGUUUCUAGGGGGGAAACAGCAGGGGACAGGGGAGCGGAGAAGGGGAGGGGAAGCGGAGGGGGGCGCGGAGGCAGCGUGUGCGACAGGAGGCGCGGGGUGCCCGUACCCCGACAUUGUCGUGCGCGCCAAGGGUCCACUGCAUGCGCGCAUGGAGGCGGUGUGUGCGGGGUACGCCAUCACGCAGCUGCUCGCCAUGAAGCUCUCCCCGCCCGUCGUUGACGCCGUCGGUGUCCCCCACCCCCACAGCCCCCAUGCUGGUUCCGCUGGCGCUACUGGCGCUGCGGGUAUGGAUGCUGCCGCUGCUGCUGCUGGCAGCAGUGGGGGCAGCAGCAGCAGCGGGGUGGUGGAGGGGCCAGGGGUGGGAGAGGAGGGGGUGAGGCAGCUACGGCUGGCGGUGCUGUGGCAGCCGGACAGCGGUGUGUGGGACGCGCACUUCCACCACCUCUUCCACCCGCUGCCGCUCUCGCCCUCCCUGCCUGACGACCACGACGCACCGCUCAACGGGUCACACAACGACUCACGCACUGCGGGUGCAGCGACGGUGACGGUGCUGCAUGAGAAGCCGCUGUGGCUGCACUCGCCACACUACGCUGAAGGAAGGCUCGACCUGGACAUCGUGCCAGCUCCAGCACAGUCUCCGCCACGUCAGCAGCCACCUCAGCAACCACAGCCGCAGCCGCAGCCGCAACCACAGCCAGGCCAUCCGCAGCCGCAGCACAACCCGCACGGGGCACAGCAGGCGCCGUGGCUGGUGGAGCAGCCGCCCAUCCCCUUCUCCACCCAACCUCACACUACUCGCCGCCGCCUGCUGGGCACUGGCGCCAACAGGGUGGGCACUGGCACCGGCACUGGCAGGGCGCGCUCCUCCCAGCAGCUCAGCAGCGGCCGCCUGGCCUCUGCCCGCCUGCUCUUCUCGCCUCCUGGGUCCUCCCCUUCCGGAGAUGAGCCUGGCACGCAGAUCAGUGGCGGGCAGAGCAGUGCUGGUCAGAGCACUGGAUGGGGGCAGAGCACGUCACGAAGGCGACUGGCAGAAGCGGCAGGAGGCAACACAGGAAGCUCAGGAAGCACAGGUGGUAGCAGUGGUGGCGGUGGCAACACAGUGUCUGUGAGCCUGCAUCUGCUCUCGUCCCUGCGCAGUGCUGCUACAAGCAUGGAGGUGGUGAGUGCAUGGGGUGUAGCAACGGUGGCACCAGGCUCAGAGGAGGCGAUGGAGCUGCAGGCGUCCAUGGUGGAGUGCUAUGGCAUGCUGCAGCCCUCGCCUGCCGUGCACGAGAUAGUGGCACGGGAGAACCUCACUCACGUGCGCCACAGCACCGCCGUCUACAUGGAGCCAGUGCUAUCAGGGUGCACGGGCUGUGAUGUCAAGCAGUUGGUCAACUGCACGGCGCGGCGCCUCAUGUGGCUCUUCCUCGCGCACCCCGCCACCGCCACCACGCUCGCCGCCUUCUGGCCCUCGCAGGCCCUCGCCGUCGCCCACACCUUCCACCCCGCGCGCCAGCCGCACCUCCUCCGCACCACUCUGCACCGCUCUGAACAGUGCCGGCCGAACCCCCAGCGUGGGGAGAUGGCACCACCGCCCAUCGUGCCGCACCCGUGGACGCCCAAGCAGAUCGUGGAGAAGCGGCACCGCGCUGACAUGGCCAAGAACGUGAGCCGCGCCGACGCUGCUGCUGCUGACGUGGCGAUGAGUGUGGCGAGCAGGAAGGAGCGCAAGGAGUGGCUGGAUAAGGCGGUGCAGGAGCAGCUGCAGGCGGAGAAGCGGAGCGCGCGAGGCACGGGCGAGGGCGGAGGGGAGGAGGGGAGCGGGGCAGGAGCAGGAGAGGAAGGAGCGGGGGGAGGGGAGGGAGGGAGUGCGAGCUUGAUUGCAGGUAUGGACGGGCCAGAUGGAGGGGGAGAGGCAGGCGGGAUGGACGCGAAGGGCGAUGCACGGAGGGAGCGAGUGCUGGAGUUCUUGCAGAAGAUGUACGGGCCGGGCAUGGGGGCAAGGCAGAUGGGGAAGACGGAGGGCGAGCAGCGGCGGCAGAUCAGGGCAAUGCUGAAGGAGCUCAUGGGGCGGGACUGGAAGACGGUGCUGGAGGGGGAGGAGGAGGGCGAGAAGGAGGGCGAUGGGGAUGGGGAGGGGGCGGGGGAGGGGGAGGGCAAGCCAAAUGUUUUCAGUAUGGUGCGAUUGCGGCGGUUGCUGCAGUCUGAGGCGGGGGAGGAUGGUGAAGAGCUGGGGGAGGUGAAUGAGUCACAGCAGGAGGAAGGGAGAAAGAAGGUGAAGCAGCGUGAGCAGCAGCAAGGCGAGACACGGGAGCAGCAGCAAGGCGAGACACGGGAGCAGCUGAGGCAACACAUGGAGCUGGCGGAGAGAGAAAUGGCUGAGAGGGAAUCGAGGGAGAGGGAGUUAGUGCAGAGGGAGUGGGAGGUGCUGGACGCGAAGCAGCGGUCCAUCCGGUGCUCCCAGCUGGAGGCGGCGGAGCUGUUCGCGCUCUCCCACGCGCCGCGCCUCAUCCACCUCCAACACUCCCCCCAGGCCGACUUCCUGCACGCGCAGGCCAUGGCCAGACGCGCCCAGGAGGCUUCACGGGCUGCGAGUGGGGCUGCGGGGAGGGGGGAGCGGGGCGGCGGGGGGUGGGUGGGGGCGAUGGCGGAGGGCGUGGAGCGCGGCGAGGAGGUGGCGCUGGUGCGCGAGGAGGCUGUUUGCCAGGCACCGUCAAGCAAGCCCAUCACGAAGCACCGCAUCGGGCACCAGCUGAUCGCGAGCGGACAUCCUCUCCCUCCCGCCUCCCUGCACGUGUCAGCAUCACCUUUCCUGCACGUGUCAGCAUCACCUUUCCUGCACGUGUCAGCAUCACCUUUCCUGCACGUGUCAGCAUCACCUUUCCUGCACGUGUCAGCAUCACCUUUCCUGCACGUGUCAGCAUCACCUUUCCUGCACGUGUCAGCAUCACCUUUCCUGCACGUGUCAGCAUCACCUUUCCUGCACGUGUCAGCAUCACCUUUCCUGCACGUGUCAGCAUCACCUUUCCUGCACGUGUCAGCAUCACCUUUCCUGCACGUGUCAGCAUCACCUUUCCUGCACGUGUCAGCAUCACCUUUCCUGCACGUGUCAGCAUCACCUUUCCUGCACGUGUCAGCAUCACCUUUCCUGCACGUGUCAGCAUCACCUUUCCUGCACGUGUCAGCAUCACCUUUCCUGCACGUGUCAGCAUCACCUUUCCUGCACGUGUCAGCAUCACCUUUCCUGCACGUGUCAGCAUCACCUUUCCUGCACGUGUCAGCAUCACCUUUCCUGCACGUGUCAGCAUCACCUUUCCUGCACGUGUCAGCAUCACCUUUCCUGCACGUGUCAGCAUCACCUUUCCUGCACGUGUCAGCAUCACCUUUCCUGCACGUGUCAGCAUCACCUUUCCUGCACGUGUCAGCAUCACCUUUCCUGCACGUGUCAGCAUCACCUUUCCUGCACGUGUCAGCAUCACCUUUCCUGCACGUGUCAGCAUCACCUUUCCUGCACGUGUCAGCAUCACCUUUCCUGCACGGCAUAGGGUUGCUGUACUGCUGGGUGCCCAAGGUGGCGUGCACGAGCUGGAAGGUGUGGAUCCGCCAGCAGCACCACGACAGCCACAGCAACGACCUGCUGUCAACGCACCGCCCCUUCGCCUCCAACAUCACGGAGCUCUGGUACGCGCUGUCGGAGCCGGCAGCCAUCCGCGCCGUGACGCGCCCCGACCUGCUGCGCUUUGUGUUCGUGCGGCAGCCCUUCGAGCGCAUUGUGUCCGCCUACCUCAACAAGCACGUGGCGGGCGGCGGGCCCGACGGAUGGGGGCGCAAGUUCUGGAAUCUGAACUUUUUCGGGCAUCUGGCGUACUUCAGGCAGAUGAACAACCGCACGGGCGGCAACUUCACGUUCCCGGAGUUCGUGCGCCUGGUGGAGUACGGCAUGCGCUUCGACAGGCGCAAGAACAUGGACAACCACCUCGCCCCGCAGUCGCUGCUGUGCGGGCUGGACCGAAUAAGGUACGACCUGGUGGGGCGGUUUGAGCGCAUGGAGGAAGACGUCAAGGCCGUCAUGACGCGCCUGGGCCGCCAGCCGGGCGAUGCGUUUGACUUUGGCAAGAAGAUCCACCCCACCAAGUCCAGAGACCAGCUGCUGCAGCUCUAUAGUGACGCUGCGACAUACUUGAAGGUGAAGAGCACAUACCAGGCGGACAUGGAGGAGCCGUUCAACGCCAUCCACUUCGACCCGCCGCCUGAGCUGCGCGACAAGUUUGAACCAAAGCCAAGUCAAUACAGGGCCGUAUGA